AUGUAGAUCAGUGUGUAAAGUGUCCAGAAACUCACUAUGCAGACAAUGAGAAGAGCCACUGUCAACAUAAGACUGUGACAUUUCUGGCCUAUGAUGACCCCUUGGGGAAGAUAUUCAGCGUCAUGUCCUUGGGUUUCUCCUCACUCACAGCUGUUGUUCUUGGGGUGUUUCUGAAGCACAGACACACUCCCAUUGUCAAGGCCAAUAACCGGCAUCUCAGUUACAUCCUGCUCAUCACUCUGACCCUCUGUUUUCUCUGUCCCUUGCUUUAUAUUGGCCAUCCUAGCACAGUUACCUGUAUUCUACAGCAGAACACAUUUGGACUUCUGUUCACUGUGGCUCUUUCCACUGUGAUGGCCAAAACUCUCACUGUACUUAUAGCCUUCAAGAUCACUGCUCCAGGGAGAAUGAGGAGGUGGCUGCUGAUAGCAAGGGCCCCUAAUUUCAUCAUUCCCAUCUGUACCAUGCUGCAAGUUGUUCUCUCUGGAAUCUGGCUGGCAACCUCUCCUCCAUUUAUUGACAAAGAUGCUCAUUCACAACAUGGUCACAUCAUCAUCCUUUGCAACAAAGGUUCAGCUAUUGCCUUCUACUGCAUCCUGGGAUACCUGGGAACACUGGCUAUAGGUAGCUACAUUAUGGCAUUUUUGUCCAGGAAUCUUCCUGACACAUUCAAUGAAGCCAAGUUCCUGGCUUUCAGCAUGCUGGUGUUCUGCAGUGUCUGGGUCAGCUUCCUCCCUGUCUACCAUAGCACCAAGGGGAAAGUCAUGGUGGCUAUGGAAGUCCUCUCCAUCUUGGCAUCUACUACAUCACUCUUAGGCAUCAUUUUUGGCCCCAAGUGCUACAUCAUACUAUUAAGACCAGAAAGGAACUCUCUUCAUCACAUUAGGGACACAACAUACGCUAGAAGUAAGAAACCUUAA